AUGUUCCAACAUGGUUAUCAUCUGCACAUACCUUCUGGCAGCAACCAACGCCCAAGAUCACCUUCACGAGCAGAGCAAUUGCUGAAGCCACAGUCGAACCCAGGAACUUUGGGGGCAAGAUCCAUAGGAAGGAGUACUACACCUGACCCUGGCAGCGGAAGCUCAUCCAACUAUCUGUCUGCUGGAGGGCAUGAUACUUCCUGUUCCCCAAACCAUCAAUCUACAACUCCAAGCGGUGAUGGCCCAGUGGUACCUGGCCUUGAAGUCCAGCCCCCCUGUAGUCCAACAUCAUCGUUGGAUGAGCCAAUCAGCACCGCAGUUCGUCGACGCAGGAAUAGUGGAACUUUCAACCAUGGGGAUCCUAUGAAGCUUACACCCCAACGAACAAAACACUUGAAGACAUAUGCCAAGAAGAUAUGCGAAGACAAUGAUGUCCCUACCAGAGACGUCAUGUGUUUCAUCGAUUCUGGCAACAUCUUCUUUAUGAUCAUAGACCUGAAAAUUACUCUUAUCAAACUUUGCAAGGUAAAUAGGGCGAAGAGAAUGCAGGAAUUGAAGGAUGCCUUAGAAUCGAAGGACUUCGAGGUGACAAUGGACUUCAUUACCACUCAUUCCGAUGUCUUCAAAAUCCCUCCUGGAAUGCUUGAGGAUGUCAAACUCAGAGCUCAGUUGGGCAAAUCGGUCACAAAGCUACUUACAGGCAUUCAGAGUGUCAUCAAGAAUGCCCUCACCGCAUCAGUUGUCAAGCGCACGAGCAUCGCUGAUGUGACGAGGGCACUUGCAUGCAGCGGGUCUGGUAUGGAAGUUGACUCUACACAUUGGAACAGGAUCGCGCUCCUUUGGCAUCUUCUGCAAAUUUUUCUCAUUGGAGUCAGCGACUACAAAAAUGCUUCCAUCAACGAUUUAUUUUCCCCUUACCUUAUUCCGUCACUUAAGCAGGAUAUAUGGCGCAAAGUUGAACGUGAACUUGGUGUCAACAUUGCACAGCUUGAAGAUGACUUGUUUGGCACUAACGAUGCGCUUGAGUCUAACGAUCAGGCCUCCCCAGACACUCCAACAGGUAAUGGUCAUGCGCCCAAUGCUAGGAGGAUUGAGGAUGGUGCCAACAUGGACAAUGAAGAGCUCGAGGACCAAAGUGGAGUGCAGAUAGGUGGUGGGGAUGCUAAUGGAGAGGAAGAGGAAUUGAAUGGGCUCGGGAACAGUGUCAAAACUGCCGCAGUCUUACUAGAUGAUCCAAUGGACUCCGGAUUUGGACUGGUUGAAGGUACUCCAGCACAGUACACCAAUACCAUCAGAUUCUGGAACUUUGUCGACCACUUGCUCUUAGUCAUGCGCCAAAUAUCUAAGGAAGCCUCCUUGAUUCCCACCGAGCAAGAGAAGGAGUUGCAGAAGUUGUUCAUUGAAAUAUUCCAAGCUGAUCUCGCCGAGUUUCCUGGUGGCAAGAAGGUCUCGAAGUUAAUUUCAAGGACGAAUCCUCGUUGGCAGACUACUAUUCAGACCAAGCUUAUUUGGACCACCUAAUAUUUCCAUUCAUUUUCAC